AUGGCCCCCGGCUGGGCAUCUCCGCCAUCCCAUCCAGGGAGUCCCCCCGGCCAGCCAAGUCUUUAUCCUCAUCCUCAUCUUUCCCAUUCUUCAUCCACUCCUCCUGCUCUCCUGUCCGUCACCUCUCCUCCCUCCCCCUCCCUCGUGCGCCGUAAGCCGUUGCCCCAGAAUGCCUCCCCUGUGAUCCCUUCUGGCCAUUCCAGGCUCUCGACCUUGUCCUCCAUCACCUCCUUCCCCGGGGGCGAUACGCCUGCAGAUCCUCCAAACCCUACUUCCCUCUCCAAUUCGGCCUCCCAUCUUUCAGUCUCGGCCACCCACUAUCAGUCCUCCUCUUCCCUUUCUUCCCCGUCUUCCGUGCAUGACGACCCCUCCCUCUCUGUUUCCAGGGACCUGGAUAGAUUUCCCCGUCCUGGUGGUCCGUCCACGUCCCGUCAUUUGCGAAUCGACACCUCGACCUCCUUUGUAAAUCUCGACGACAGCGACGAAGACGGCACCGGUUAUCCCUCCCAAUUGACGAAUGGGCCCCCGGUCCAUAGCCGCCUUGUCAGCGAACCCUUCGUCCCGGUCCUGAAAUCGCCCCCAAUCCUCCAUAAAAGAGCCGCGACCAUGGCCCUACAUCCCCCCUCCAAUCGUCCGCCGCCACUGCACAUCGACUCCGUGCGAGGCAUGCAGGCGGCCAUGGACUCCAGACACAACCACCAACACCAACAACCGAAAACCCCCGCAAAUAAGAUCAGUAAUUUCUUCGGCUGGCGAGCCCAGUCGUCCUCCCCCGGCGCCGAAUCGUCCAGCACCGAAAUCUCCGACACGGGCCGGUCCCCGUUGCCAUCUCCGCUGCCGCAGUCUCUUCCUAGUGCCUCCUACUCGAUCACCCCCUCCACCACCGUCCCCCUCGAUCACUCCAAGCACCCCGGGCCGCCCAUGCGGAACCCUUCCCUGAGCAGUGCCGGGAUGGCGGAGUCGGGGUCGUCCACGUUGGUGGCGGAGAUCGAAAACGAGUUGCGGGAGAUCAGCUCCGAAUUGGCUGGUUCGAUCCGCCGGGAGAUGGAACUCGAGGAUCUGGUAGAGCGGCUGCAAUCGGAGGACACUCCGAACCGACGCACGAGCGACUACUUCUCCGAUUCGGGCUCCAGCUCCAUCCGAUACACCUAUGACGGCCGGUUAGAAGAUGUGGAAAAAUUCCGACGUACCGCAGAGCAAGAGCGCGCACAGUUGAAGGUCGAUCUGACGCAGAAGUGGCACGAGGAACGGUCGCGCCGUGCGGCCACCGAGUCCCACGUGCAAAUCCUCGAGUCACAGGUGCAGCAGCUCCGACGAGAACGAGCCGAGUUUUCUGACCUGUCGUCCCGAGCCAAAGAACUCGAGAGUUCUCUCGACUCUGCCCGCCGAAAGCUGGCUGAGGAACGACAAAUCAAAGAUAAUUUUGAAGAUCUCCUCACUGCCAUGCGCGUGGAAUUGGAACAGCUUCGAAAUGAGCGGGAUCAGCUGCGGGACGACGUGAUCCCUCAACUGCAGCACGGCCAGGGCGGCUCCGCCAACCCCUCGGAGGUGCAGCGUCUGGUUGAAGAAGUCGAGGCAUUGAGAAUCGAGAAUGCAUCGUUAGCGCAGCUGCAGGGCAGCCGAUUCGCUUCCAUCGCAGAAGAGGAUGGCUCGUCCAGCCGACGAAGCUCGGGCUUGGGAUUGUCGCGCUCAAACUCAUUAGCUCGCGGUAUGCACUCGAAAUCGGGCGCGCCCAGCGGUCUGUCACGGUCGAACUCGCUGUCUCGCGCGAACACGGUCUCCGGUCGCGGUGAACGCGACACCAACACCCGGGAAUCGCUGGCGGACCGGGUGGAAGGCGCCGAAGCUCAACGCGAUGCUCUCCACGGGGCUCUGCGGCGGCUGCUCGACCGUCAGACCCACGACGCUCGCGAAUACGAGAAGCGCAUCAAAGUCAUGGAACUGCAGGUGCUGCACGCGCAACAGUCUGGCUCCCCGCGCAAGCUGGGAUACGAGCGGCAGGUGCGCAACCUGCAAGACGAAGUCAACCAUCUGCGGACCCGCGCGCAGGACGCUCUCGACCAGAAGUGGCAGUGCGAGAAGGGAUUGGCGGGCCUCAAGAUGGAUCUGGACCGUGCCGAGCAGGAGACCUCGUCCCUGCGCGAGCUGUUGCAGGAGCACGACAUCACCGCUCCCCAUGAAGUUGAGACCGAUAGAGACGGUUUCGCCGAGGUCAUUGCCACCUCGUCGUCGCUGGAGUCCGCCUAUAAACAGCUGCAGGCGGACCGGGAAUCUGCAGAGGCCAGCGCUGCGCAGUCGCCGCAGGAGGGCCACGAAGACCUCGCGGCCUCCGUCAGUCGCACAGAAGUCUUGGCGCAGAACGUACGCCGACAACUCGACACGAACCACACCCUACGCAGCCGUCUAGCAGACGCCAUCGGCAAAGGCGAGAAGGAUCAGCAGGUCUCGGCCACCCGCAUCAACGAGAUGCAGGCCCGACUGAAGGAGCUGGAGGACCUGCUCAUGCUCGCACAACAGCAUUCUGAGGAUGAGAUGGCCCGCCACGACGAGGAGAUCCGUCACCUCGAGGAGACGCACAGCGCGCAACUCAUGCGCUUGAAGGACAACGGCGGCCGCAGUCCUGCCACUUUGUCUCCCCUACCUCCUUCCACCCCCUUCGGCUCGCGGUCGCCGCGCCUGGAUAAGACGACCAGUGGUGACGGCAUGCCUUUGACCCAGGCCAUUCAAUCGGAGGCCCUGGAACAGCGGGUCAAGGAACUCGAGAGACUUCUGCGCGAAGCGGAUAACGAGAUGAGCGAGGUGGUCAGCCGAAUGAACCGGGCUCAGAUCGACGUGGCGGAACUUCAAUCCGACCGGGAUGACGCUCUCCGCCAAACACGCCGACUUCAGUCUGAAAUCCAGGCCGAACGGGAAGCGUUCAAGGCCUUGAUGGGUUGA